AUGGCAGAACCUCAGCCCCCGACAGUCACAGAGGGGAUGGACGACGCAGCUCUGCCCCCUGCGAGCGCCGAAGACCGCAAAGCGGCAGCAGCAAUGGACGCCCUCGAAUCGUCUCGCGCUGUAGAUGACCAAGAAAAUCAAAAACCCGCCAACGCAGCCCAAGCAGAUGCAAUUAGUCAGGCUAUUUCACGGCUCGAGCUCGUUGACAAGGCCGGCAAAGUAUCUACGGAAGAUCCCAACGAGCAACGAAGGAAGAAGAGGGAGGAAGAGCAGAAGGAAAAGGAACGAAAAGCGAAGAUCAAAGUGAACGCAGAGGAUGUGGCUUUCUUUGUGGAGGAGUGCGACAUGACGAAGAUGAAGGCGACGGAUUUCCUAAGGCAGUAUGAAGGAGAUCUGGAGAAAGCUGUCAGGGGAUACAUUAGGAUGUGGGCUUGA